GCCUCGGUGGCCCGGACUGUCGCGGGCUGGGGCGGUUGGUGGUGGCAGCUGCCGCCAUGGAGUGGAGCUCGGAGUCGGCGGCCGUGCGGCGGCACCGCGGCACCGCGGAGCGGCGGGAGGGUCAGGCGGCCGCGUCGCACCAGCAGAGAGAGGCCUCAGCUCAGGAGGAUGCGAGGGGCGGCGGGAGGAUGCGGGGGAGGACGGAGAGCGGCGGCGAGAGCCGGGGUGCGAAGACCGCGCUGUCCGAGGCGCGCACGGCGCUGGCGCUCGCACUCUACCUGCUCGCUCUGCGGGCGCUCGUGCAGCUGUCGCUGCAGCGGCUGGUGCUGAGCCGGACCACGGGGCUCCAGGGCGAGUUCGAUGCGCGCCAAGCCAGGGUUUAUCUGGAACACAUAACGGCCAUCGGCCCCAGGACUACAGGAAGCGCAGAAAAUGAAAUCCUGACGGUCCAGUACCUUUUGGAGCAGAUCCAGCUGAUAGAAGAGCAGAGCAACAGCCUCCACAGAAUCUCGGUAGAUGUACAGCGGCCUACCGGCUCCUUUAGCAUUGACUUCUUGGGGGGCUUUACGAGCUACUACGACAACAUCACUAAUGUCGUGGUGAAGCUGGAGCCCCAAGACGGAGCCAAGUACGCUGUCCUGGCUAACUGUCACUUUGACUCAGUGGCAAAUUCACCAGGUGCCAGUGAUGAUGCCGUUAGCUGUGCAGUGAUGCUCGAAGUCCUCCGGGUCAUGGCAGCCUCUCCAGAACCCCUGCAGCAUGCUGUGGUGUUCCUCUUUAAUGGUGCAGAGGAAAAUGUCUUGCAAGCAAGCCAUGGUUUUAUUACUCAACAUCCCUGGGCCAGUUUGAUUCAAGCAUUUAUUAACCUGGAGGCUGCAGGUGUCGGAGGGAAAGAACUUGUGUUCCAAACAGGCCCUGAAAAUCCUUGGCUGGUUCAGGCCUAUGUCUCAGCAGCUAAACACCCCUUUGCUUCUGUGGUGGCCCAGGAGGUUUUUCAGAGUGGGAUCAUUCCUUCUGACACCGACUUCCGAAUCUACAGGGAUUUUGGGAACAUUCCAGGAAUAGACUUAGCCUUUAUUGAAAAUGGGUACAUCUAUCACACCAAGUAUGACACAGCGGACAGAAUUCUCAUAGAUUCCAUUCAGAGAGCAGGUGACAACAUUUUAGCAGUUCUUAAAUACCUAGCUACGUCUGACAUGCUGGCUUCUUCGUCUGAGUACCGACAUGGAAGCAUGGUCUUCUUCGAUGUGCUUGGCCUGCUGGUCAUUGCGUACCCUUCUCGUGUUGGCUCCAUAAUAAACUACAUGGUGGUAAUGGCUGUUGUUCUUUAUCUGGGAAGAAAACUGCUGCGGCCCAAACACAGGAAUGCUAAUUAUGUGAGAGACUUCUUGUGCGGACUUGGCAUCACUUUCAUUAGCUGGUUCACCAGCCUUGUUACAGUUCUCAUUAUAGCAGUGUUCGUCUCCCUCAUUGGACAGUCGCUCUCAUGGUAUAACUACUUUUAUAUCGCCGUUUGCCUGUAUGGAACUGCAACAGUCGCCAAAAUAAUACUCAUUCAUACUCUUGCAAAAAGAUUUUACUAUGUGAACGCCAGCGACCUGUAUCUGGGAGAAUUGUUCUUUGACACCUCACUGUUUGUGCACUGUGGUUUUCUUGUUGCUUUAACUGCUCAGGGCUUCUGCUCUGCAUUCAUGAGUGCUGUCUGGGUAGCUUUUCCAUUGCUCACAAAGCUUUGUGUGUACAAGGACUUCAAGAAGCACGGUGCCAAAGGAAGAUUUAUUGCUCUUUACUUAUUGGGGAUGUUCAUCCCGUAUCUUUAUGGACUAUACCUCAUCUGGGCUGUAUUUGAGAUGUUUACUCCUAUCCUUGGAAGAAGCGGUUCGGAAAUCCCUCCUGAUGUUGUGCUAGCAUCCAUUUUGGCUGUCUGUGUGAUGAUUCUCUCCUCCUAUUUUAUUACCUUCAUCUACCUUGUGAACAGCACGAAGAAAACCAUUCUGACUCUAAUACUGGUGUGUGCAGUCACAUUCCUCCUUGUGUGCAGUGGGGCCUUUUUCCCAUACAGCUCCAAUCCUGACAGUCCAAAGCCGAAGAGAGUGUUUCUUCAGCACGUGAGUAGAACUUUUCAUAACUUAGAAGGAAGCGUAGUAAAAAGAGACUCUGGAAUAUGGAUCAAUGGGUUUGAUUAUACUGGAAUGUCUCAUAUAACACCGCACAUUCCGGAGAUCAAUGAUACAAUCCGAGCUCACUGUGAGGAGAACGCCCCGCUCUGUGGCUUCCCUUGGUAUCUCCCAGUGCACUUUCUCAUAAGGAAAAACUGGUAUCUUCCAGCUCCAGAAAUUUCCCCAAGAAAUCCUGCUCAUUUCAGACUUGUAUCCAAAGAGAAGAUGCCUUGGGAUUCAAUAAAGUUGACCUUUGAAGCAACAGGACCAAGCCAUAUGUCUUUCUAUGUUCGAACCCACAAAGGAUCAACGCUUUCUCAGUGGUCUCUUGGCAACGGCAUUCCAGUCACAAGUAGAGGAGGGGACUACUUUGUGUUUUACUCCCAUGGACUCCAGGCUUCUGCGUGGCAGUUCUGGAUAGAAGUGCAGCAGGUCUCAGAGGAACAGCCAGAAGGAAUGGUCACUGUGGCCAUUGCUGCCCACUAUCUAUCAGGGGAAAACAAGAGAUCAUCUCAGCUGGAUGCUCUGAAGGAGAAGUUCCCAGAUUGGUCAUUUCCCUCGGCGUGGGUUUCCACCUAUAGUCUCUUUGUGUUUUAAUCGUGUGGAUGGGCGUUGAGUACAUGCCCCCUGGACAUUCCAUGGGCUAGUUCCUCUCGCAUGGUACAUAGAUGUUGUAAUACAUGUCAAUGAAUUUUACUGAGCUUAUGUUCAAAGAGCUUUUGGGAUAACACUCUUCAGGGCCAAGUACUGUAUGGGUUAAACUUAGGAACAGUGAUGCCUGGCCAUUAUGUCAGUUGAAAAUUCCUGUUUUCUGACACUUAAGCACAUGUGGAUACUGCCAAUCAUGUCAUUUGUAUGAUGUAAGCAGCAUACCACUUGAGUAGUUUUCCUGUGAGGAUGAAGAAAGAUGUAGGCUCUGAGACCACUGUUAAUGAAGUAGGCAAGUCCACCUGACAGUGGAUGGUGGGUAAGAUGCCAUUCACUGGAGUAGUGCCUCUCUCUGCACUACAACUGCAAGUCACUGGAAAGUAAAUGCCGCCGAGGUGGAAGGAAGCCUUCAGCACCUUAGAUGCUCGAGCGCUGUUUCUUCGGUGUUGUUCAGUGUUUGUCUGCUUUGAAGCCUAAAGCCUGACUCCUGAGUAGCAUUCAGUGUCUGUUUUCCUCCCAAACAUGUUCCUGUCAUUUAUCUGGGGAAGAGAACAUUUCUUCAGCUACAGCUCUUCUCACAUGUCAUGGGUUGUUUCAUUUGUGCAAGCACAGAACUAAACUUCUUCCCUGCACACGGAGUUGCCUGCAUAGCUGCUGAGGAGGAAGAGGAGGAGCGCUGGGAGGACUGUGCAUUUUGUAAUAUUUAUUCUUUGUUUUACAGGGAGUCUGUCAUACAAGGUUAAUCCUUUAGAACAAAACUUUUAUUGCUGCACUGGGUUUUCUGUUUGCUAGCAGGUGAUUACGGCCUUGUAGCUCUCUGUAGUGAGACCUGGAUGUCCUGAUGUUGAGGUUGGAGCUUGUACAGGUGUGGACAACUCUACCUGCAGUUGCUAUUUCCAGGUCCUGCAGAGGGCAGCAGGAGCCCUCAUGGUGCUUUUCCUUUUGAAGACAGGGAUGUAGCUUGUCAGGUCUGUCACGGCAGUGGCUCUUGUGACUUUUCUAGUUCCAUUGGUGAUAGAGGAUGAGGCGAACAGUAAAUUAUGCUAAUUUCUUUUACAGUAGUAAAUGUAAAAAGAAUAUUUGAGUUAGUCAACAAGCAUGACCCAAAAUAUAGUUGAAAGAAAAGCCAUAGAAAGGCAAAACCAAAACAAACAAUAUCCUUGUCAGGUGAGAACAGGAAGGCGUCUCAGAGUGGCCCUCAGAAUGGUCAGCAAGAGCAUAGUUAAGUGUGCACUGCAGGAGAAGAGCUGAAAAUUGCUUGUGUGGUAUGUGUCAGUUUCUUAAUCAUGUUCCUUGUAUUGCCUGCCUAAUCUCUAACGCCUUAAAAACCUGGGCCCAUGGACAUGUAGGGCUGCAGCUGGAGCUGAAUGGUAGCGUGCUGACUGUCACGCGUGGUGAUACUGUAAAGUGAAGUCAUUUUUUUGCUGGACUCACAGAAAUCUUAUCUCAACAGUGCUUCAAGUAUCCAGCUCCCGCAGUGUAAGUCUUGUCUGUCAGGCAGUACUUAAGGCUUGACGGUCCAGCUUUAUGUCCAGCUUGUAAAGAACCACAGCUGAGGGAAAUAAGUAACAGUACUAAUAGCUCAAUGAAUUUCAAAAGACAGGCGUAUGUUCUGUGCCUGGGUUCAUCUGAAAUUGAUUACUAGACAUUAUGGGGGAGGGGUGCAACAUGUCAUGCUGAGGCAGGACACAAAAGCCAAGAUAUCCUCUGACUUCUGUCCUUUGAGCAGGUGCCUUUUCAGUAUAAUCAAUCAUGGUUUUCUGUCUGUCUUUGGGUUGUUUCUCUAUGCAAAUGAUUUUGAUUUUCUCUUAAGAUUAUUAUGCAGCCACUAACAAAAGGUUCAGUUUCAGGGCAUGCUUUAAGGCCAGAAAUGGUCAAGUAAUUACAUACAGUAUUCAUGGCUUUUAAAAAGCACACUGUCAUUAUCAGUAGCUCCUUCCCCUUUUGAAGAUUACCUGACCACUUGUGUCGUUCUCUUCUCAAAAGACAGUUCCAGGUCUAAGUAAUGCAUCCCCCAAUGAGUAUAAACUCAAGCAGCACAUUAGGAAGAAGCAUAAAGAACUGACUUUACAGUUCUUAAUUUUUUUAAGGGAGAUUGUUCUAUACAGCAUUUCCAGUUUAGCAGCUAUAACUAAAUGUCUAAGAUCCCCCACCCUGUCUUGCUGUGAAGGAGGUGAGACCACAAGCCAGCCUAGGUGACUCAGGAAGCUGUUGGAAGAACAUGUCUGUCCAUCUCUUUUCCACUUCUUUAUUGACUUGUUGAAGGUUAAUUGUUGCCUUACAAUGUUACUGAAAUAAACUUUUUAACAUACUGGUUGGAAAAAA